CCGUUUCAUUGCAACGUCUGCAAUGGAGACUGAGUGAACGUGGCGGACAGGGCUAGCUUUUUGUUUUAAACAGGCUAGCAUCAAUCCGAUAGCCGAUUACUUCUUUUGUAUUUUUUGUAGACACAGAGGCAAGUAAGCGUAACUUUAAGAAACCACGAAUCCAAAUAAAUAUGUUUCCAAAAAGGGCUGCAAUCACGACGGGAGUCAUGAGCUACAUUCAAAAUGGAGUCGUAGGCGGCAGUAUGCACUACGACUCAAGAGAUGCGACGCCUGAGAUAGCGAUGGGCUCGUCUCUGGACUCUCAAAACGGCAACGUCGGGUCUAACGACACGCCGAAACGACCGUUGAACCUGGGAGUGAACACAGUGAAGACGUAUAAUGUACCGAAAAACCUCCUGGAGGACAGCGAAGACCUCGAGGACGGCUCGUUACCGUGCACUCCGGAACUACAGUCGGAAAAUGACGUGGAUAUCUCCAGUUGUCCCGCAGGAGAGGAGCUGCUUGAUCAAGACACAAGGCAACUGAUCGGCCGGUUCCUGGCAGUCUAUACUGGACUUUCUAAACUUCGGUGGAAGGAAAACAAAGAGCUCUCAACAAUGACCAGAGUUGUGGAAGGCGUUUUGGACAAGCACAGAUACGCGUACAAUGGUAUGGUCAACAAAUUGUCACUGGAUGACAGAGAAGAUACAAGUUUUGUCAGCUCAGUAGCCAGGAGCCUUUUUGCAGACGGGACCACAAAUUGGGGCAGGAUUGUCAGCCUUGUGGCCUUCGGGGCGGUGGUGUCCCAGUACCUGAAGGAGAAGGGAAGGGGCCACUGUGUGGAGCAGGUGGGACAGGAGAUCUCUACCUACCUGCUGACGGAGCAGAGAGACUGGCUGAUCAAGAACAACUCAUGGGAUGGCUUUGUCGAGUUCUUCAGAGUAGCAGACCCAGAAUCCACAGUGAGGAACACUCUCAUGGCAGUUGCUGGAUUUGCUGGCAUUGGAGCAACACUUGCCCUGUUGAUCAGGUGAAUUUAUUGGACAUCAAGAGACUUUAUUUUAAACUUCGGUCUUGGACAUAAGACAAAUGGACUUUAUCUUUAAGUAGGAUCAACCCAGAGGUUCCUGGCCUCUUUCCUGGGCUCACAUCCACCCCCAACAGCAAAAUAAGUCACACAUUUGUUGUUGACUACAUGGACAGACUUAACCAGCAGCAAUCAAAUGUCAGAAAUUUGUUCUAUUUAAUUUUCAGAGAAAUUUAUUUUUCUAAUAAAUGUAAAAUAUCUAUGCAAAAAUAAACUGUUGACCUGAUAUUUACCUUGAUGUUUUUAUCUGCAUAAUAAUAUUGUUUCCCUGGUGGCAAUGGUGUAACAGUGGUUGGCACCAUGCCACUCAGAGCAGGAAGGGAAAACUGCAUUGGUCCCUUUUUUUUUUUUUUUUUUUCUUCUUUUUUUCUUUUCUUCCUCCCCCCUCCAUCUUUACAUGUCAUGCAGCCAUGAAGCCCAUUUCCAUGGAGAUCAUUCAUCAUCCAUGGAUAUUUUGUAUGGACACCUCAACUUGAGAGGAGGAUGGGGGGUGGAUUUGCAUGAGUGUAGCUCGACUCCUGUCGUAUGAAAAUGUUGGAUCUGCACUUGGGGACAAGAGCAUCCAAAUGCUGGACUGUAGAUGUGCAACAGCCUGAAACGUGUGAGUGUGAUGGAAGAAAUGAAAGAGCACUGUGUGCAGAUUGUUGUGAUUGCCUGCACAAAGGGUGAACAUAGUUGAGGAAUGUUUUUCCUGAAAGAGGAAGCAGACAUUGAAUAAUGGUUAAAUUCCAAUGUAAGCUUCUAACUAAUAAAAAAGAUGAUAUAAUUCA